AUGUCUGAAGAGGUCGCUCAAAUAAGUAGAGAUUCUUCAGAAAAUAUGGGUGAUAGCUUAGACAACAAGGAUAUUAUUGAAGUUGAUAGUGGUAAAGAUGAUGAACACAAGAGAUUAGGUGGAUAUCCACCUUUGCAAACAGUUGUUCGCCUUUGUCCUGGUCCGAUCAUAUCUCAAUUUGUCAAUUCAUUGUAUGGCGUUGUAGAUUCAAUAUGGGUUUCGAAAUUUAUCGGUGAACUUGGUUUGACUGCAUUAUCAUUAGCAUAUAUUAUUGAUAAUUCUGCAUUAUCAUUUGGAUUUUUCUUAGCUACAGCUGCAUCCUCACAGAUAUCUUAUCUUUUUUCGAGAAAAUUAUAUGAAGAAAUCUCGCAUUUGUCAAUAGAUCUGUUUCGCAUAGCAGUUAUUUUCGCAUUAAUAGUUCCUGCCAUAUUACUUCCAUGUUCGACACCUCUUUUUAAAUUUUUAGGUGGAGAAGGAAAAGUAAAUAAAUUAGCACUUCAAUAUGUCAUUCCGUUGUGCGCUUUAAACCUAUUUACAUGCAUGUACCAUACAGUGUGUGGCAUUCUACAGGCAGAAGGAAGAACUUGGGCCUAUGCUGGCGCUCAAAUUUUGUCUAUGAUUCUUAACAUGGUUUUAUUCGAUCCAUUACUAUUGUAUUUAAUCAAGAAUACAUCUGGCUCAUCACUUGCUACGGAACUUUCCAUGUUUAUCCCUGCAUUAAUUAUUUUUAUUUUAUUAUGGCUUGGAAAGUUCUCAACGAAGCCACAAGCCAAAUAUAUUACCAAAUGUUUCUCACCAGAAGCCGGAGAAGCUUUGAAAACAGGCUUAUCUGCCUUCAUUAUGAAUAUAUCAAUUGGAUUACCAUCAUUAAUCAUGCAAAAGUUCAUUGCAAUACGCGCGAACAGGGUUGGCCAUUACGAUAUGGUUGUCGCCGUUUACAAUGCGCUUUGCAGGAUCUAUAAUGUAUCAAUGUGUGUUCCAAUUGCACUAAACGCUGCAUAUUUACCCGCAGCAUCAUAUGCAUUUGGAUUAAAGGACUACAAAAGAAUCCUUUUACUUACAUUUCAUGUUGUUUGGAUCUCUGUUGUCUGGGGAUUAUUUGUUUCAUUUGUUGUUAUAACAUUUCCGAAACAAGUCUGCACUAUAUGGAGUAGAAAUGAUGAUUUCUUGUAUUGGUGCAAAGAAAUUGUCCCUGUCAGUUUCUAUUGCACAGGAAUUACAGGAAUUAAAUUCAUUGUUAUUUCAUUUCUUCAAGCAUCACAACAGACAAUCACAGCAACAAUUAUGAGUUUUAUUACAGAGCUUGGUGUUCUUCCUAUUGUUGCAUCAAUCUUCCAUUAUAAUGGAGAUCCAAACUCUCCGAGAUGGAUUUUCUAUGCAUAUCCUGUGAGUGACGCAAUUACAACUGUUUGUUCUAUUUCUGUUGCAAUGAAAACUCUUAUUAAGUUCUACAAAUUAUCAAAGGAACAAGAUCCAGAAAAGAAAGAUUCUACAAGUAGCAAAUCAAGUAGUGAAGAAGACCAACCAUCAAAGAUAAUUCCUGAAUUGUAA